CCCACUCGUCACCCCAGCCGCCGCCCGCGCCCCGCACCGCUCCCUCUCUCUCGCCGGUCGCCACCGCACCGGCGACGCCGUGCGAGCCACCGACCCUGCUGCCUGCUGUCCUUCUGUCCUGCCGGCGGCGAGCCGGAGCAUUGCGACGCCCUCCACCUGAUCUGUCGAACAAACUAUGGUGAAGCUGCAAGCCAGUUCUGCACCAAUGGGGAAUAAGGAGGCAAUGCAAGCUUCUUGUCACGCAGAUAAUGAUAACCGUGAAGAGGGAGCAACCACAGAUAACAUGGAUCCUUCCCGUCCUUUUCUAUAUCUCGAGAAAUUCGAUGUGGAAAAGAUGCGUGAGUGGAGUCGUUUAAGGUCUGCUUGGCUCGCCAAGUCCAAACCAAAUGAUAUAAUCAUCCCAGACCCUACUCCCCAGCGGGUGAUUGAUGCCUUCUAUAAUUUAUGCUCCCACUUGGGGCCCAUCCUGGAAAAGGAUAGUGUUCAGUGCUUCCUCCGCUUAUUCGUGAAGAAGGCAGGCAUGCGCUGGGAUCAUGCCGUCACUUCACAAACCUUGACCUUCCUGAUCAUUUAUAAUGCCUUGCAAUGUGCAAAAGCUGUAUUAGAGGGCAAGGAACCUGAGCUCAACGGGAAGCGUGCCAAUCCCAACUGCAUUAACCCAUAUGGAUACUUCCCCCUUCAUGAAGCUGCUCAAAAGUUCUCUGUUGACAUGAUCAAGUUGCUCUUCUGCCAUGGUGCAUCAGCCAAUGUACGCACAGUUGGUGAUGUCGUCAUUGCUGGCCUACUCCCACUCCAUGUUGCAGUUGAAAAUACUUGCCUGCACAAGUACCUGGAGGACAAUCUUUUUCCUCCUACCAAGGAUCAUCAGGAUUAUAUCUACAAGCUUAUCACUCUGCUGUGCCUACCUGAAAUGAAGAUCUUCUUGGAUACGGUUAGACUGCUUGCGGAAGAAACAGAUAAUAUAGUUGAUGAGAUCUGGAAUUACAUAAAGGAUGAAAAGCUUGUACAGACUGCAGUUUUACUCCUGGCAGCCCAAAAACAGAUCCGCGAGGACUGUACCUCCGAGAUAAACGUCAAUGGCAAGCAAUCAGGGCUUGAUAUUAUCGUGCAGCGUAUAGUGGAUCGCUCUCUUUCCCUAGGAUGGAAGAAAGGUGAAAAUGGAGAGACACAGCAAGAGCUGGAGGAAAGUGUAACAUUUAAUCAUUCUGCAUUGCUGCUUGUUCGAAUAAUUUCCCGAGCUGGUGAAGUUCUUGAUGCGUACAUUCAGGGACAUUCAGAGGUGCCCCAUGUGGCCCAUGUGGAGAUCCUCAAACAUGUUUCAUGUAUUCUCGAGGAGUUUGGGUUUUGCCCUGUUGGCGAAGUCAUUGAUGUGAAAAACCUGCGCCCCUAUGACUGCAAAAAGUUUGACAGAGUGUUGCAUGACCAAGGGCAUGUAAAUGCAACCACUGAAGUUACAGAAACGGCUUAUCUGCAUGCUGCAGAGGAAAAGGCUGUGAGAAAGAAACUCCCUGUAGGAUGGGAUCCAGCAUACAGGAGGAGAAUGUUUCUCCCAUAUUGGAGAUCGGUGUUAGGAGCCCGGUGUCGCGUGAGGUUGUAUCCACCCUAUGCACCAGCAGAUGCGUCUAAGGAGCUUGAUCCUGAACGGCUCCGUAGCUGGAUUAACUCAAUUAGCAAUGGAUCUUCGGUGAAACCAAACCAUAAUCUUGGUCCGUCGGGAAGAACUCCUGAACUAGCAAGUAAUCAUCAAUUCAAAAGGCCCUUUGGUACUGCUGCAUUCACAGGAAAUGGAUCUUCUCGAAUUCCAAAUCAUAAUCUUAGUUUGUUGGGGAGAAUUCGGCAACCAGCAAGUAAUCAUCAGUCAAGGAGGCUCUUUGGUACUGCUGCAUUCACACUCUUGAAGGUGCUAAAGAAUGCAUGACUCGAAAGGUGCCUGGUGGCAAGUUUGUUAUUUAUAAAUAUUUCUGAAGCUGUUAAUCGGUGCAGUUUCUCCAAGAUGGGGCUGGUUAGUGAUAGAGGGUAUGUGGUUUGUGGACACCACUUUAUAAGAAGGUUGCCGAAUAAAGGGCCGUCGAUUAGCAAGUGCAGGGUGGACGACCGCACAGGGCCCCACACUGCAAGGGGUCUAUGUGGUCAUCAAUCCUAUCUUACUAAAGUUAAUUUCUAUAUUUUUAGGUUAUUAAUUAGGUCAGCAGCACAUUAACUUGGUAAUUCAUCUCACUGCGAACAGCCACAUCUCAUGAAUUUUCGUGCGAAAAUUAGAUAGAACUAUACUACUAGUACUAAGCAUAUUUUAGCCUUUAGGUGCAACUGAAUUUUCGUCGCCCGUUCAAAUUGGACACUAUUGUAUAGCAUAUAGAAUAUAAAUAGACUUUUCACAAACCACAACUCUCCUAGAUUGGAUAUUAUUAUAUUUUUAUGAAUUUAUCAAAUAUUCCUCUUUUAUUUAUAAAUAUUAAUCACAUAUAAUAUUAAUUCUGUUUUUAACGGUACACAUACAAUUGUAUUCGAGAAAAGAUGUUUUCUUUUCUAAGAGUGUAAUUUUAAUUUUACACCCCUAUAUACUGC